AUGUUGCAAGACUCUGCUAGCCCUGUCUAUAAGGGUUCUAGCGAUGUUCGAGCAAUACCACAAUUUGUCAACCUCUCAAAUUUCAUACACGAUGUUGACAGCAAAAAGGAUAAGCAAAAACAGCUAAAUGAAAAAGAAAUUACGAAAUUGCAAAACCUGACUGACGAUUUAUUAGGUGCAAUCGAUAAAAAGAACAGAAGUGAGAUCAUUCCAUUACUAAAAAGAAGCUUUAGCAUGAUUUCUAAUAAUACUCCUAUUGAUAAAAUGGUAAAUGAUGAUAGUGAUCAAAUAAUCUCGAAUAACUCAUCAAAUUCUGUCGAAAUUGCUGAGCCAGAACCGGUUUCUCUUCAAAAAAAUCGAUCAGAUGAUUCAAGUUACUGGAAAGAGCAAAUCAAAAGAAUACAAACAGAGUCAACCGAAACCAUUGAGCAAUUGAAGAAGAAAAUGGCCCUAAAAGUCUUAAAAAUCACUCAGCUUAAAGAAGAAGUUGAUUAUCUUCAAAAUCAGUUAGCCGAAAAGGAUCAAAUCAUUGGAAAACAAGAGAAUAAGAUUGCCAAACUCGAAGAUCUAUUUUACGACACUGAUAAAAAAGUCCAAGAAUUAAAUAACAUUGUAGAGCAUCAUAAUGAUGUUGAAAAGGACUUGGAUGAUAAUAUCAAAGAAAUAGAGGAACUUAGAAUGGAAAAUGAAGAACUGAAAACUCAAAAUCAAAAACUUAUUAAAUUUAUCGAUGAAAUAGGAGAAGAAUACUCUAAAUAUACACCACAAAUGCAAUCACUUUCAAGUCAAAAGGAACAACUCGCAAAUUGUGUUUACAAAUUGUUAAAUUUAACACAAAAACUUCCAAAUCCAACAAAACAAGCUCAGAAUCAAACAAAUUCAGAUGAUUUAUCAAGUUUAGUUAAUAAGAUAAACUCGUCUGCUCAAAAUGAUGAAAUUAAAACAAUUAAUUCCAAAGAUAUCUCAGAAAUCAGAAAAUUACAAGAAAUGGUUGAUGUUUUAAUGCAGAGUAAUAAUGAAAAUACUAAACCAGAGAGUAUUGAUGCAUCAAAACAAAAGUUAGCUGAUAUUAUUUACUCACAAAUGAGAUUCAUCAACGAUAUCGCUAAUAACAACAAUCCAGAGUCAAUAGUUAUAUCAACGGUACCAGAAGAUCAACUCACAAACCUUGUAGAGUCUUCUUGUCGAAAUGUUCAGAACUUUUUGAACGAAAACAAUAUAAAACUGACUCAUGAAUCAUCACAAUUCACUGAUUUGGUUGAUGUAGCAGGCGAAAUUGCUAUUUCUGAUGAUCUUGGCCAGUUAAUUUACACAAUGAAAAAUAAUAUUAUUGUUUCUGAAGAAGAAAGAUUAACUUUCAUACUUCAACUUGCUACUGCUAAUAAUCUUCUUAGAAGAUAUGCUCAAGAAUCCCAGAAAAUGCUAGAAUUUUUAAGUAAUCAAAACAAAUCUCUUAAACAAAGCCAAACCAAACCAGAAAAUGUUGCCAAACAAGAUGCAAGUGUACAAAUCAAUCAAACUGUUGAUAAUAACAAUGAAAAACUUCAAAAUGUUUUGAAAUUAUUGCAACAAUGCAAGAAGGCGCCUCAAUCACGUGAUGCUGCCAACAUGAUCAAUAAUGUUAUAUCUUAUAUCAGUGCAGACGCAGAAUUACCUGAUGAUUCCGCUUAUGUCAAAAAAUUAGAAAAUAAACUUCAAGUUCAGAAGGCGAAAUACACUGAUACAUUGAAGAAAUACAAGAAUAUCAUCUUAGAAUUGGAAAAGAAGCUUGAUCAAGACAUAGAAGACAUGAAAUCUCAAAAAUCAGAAAUUUCUUCUUUACAAAACCAAAUUGAAGCUCUAAAACAAGAGAAUUCUGCCAAAGAUCAGUCCCAUAAAGAAGAAAUCGACUCGUUAAACAAGAAAUUACUUCAAAAGAACAACGAAAUGAAAUCUCAAACAGAUUCAAUGAACAAAAUGCAAGAAGAUAUGAAAAACGAAAGAUUCAACCUCAAAAGAAACUAUCUCAAGGCUCUAAAUACAAUUAAACAAGAAGUUCAAAGGAUUAAUCAAGAAUUUGAAAAUAUUUCAGAGUUUUUACAGACAAUAUUCUCUAUUUAUCAUAAUAACAUGAAGAUAAACACUGUUUAUAUCCAGAAAUCAUAUGAUAAUGUCAUUCUUGCCCAAAAUGAGGAAAAAGAAAAUCUUAUGAACGAAAUUGAACAAAAUAAGAUCGAAUCGAAGAAUCUAAGUGAUGAACUUGAAAGAGCAGUAACUCUUGCAGGUACUUCAGGUGAAAAUGUUGCACAAUUACAGCAGAAACUGCGAACAAUUGAACAAAAACUAAAAUUGACAGAAGAAAGACACAAAAGUGACAUAAUUUUAAUGAAAAAACAAUUUGAAUUCCAAUUAUCUUCUAAGGAUGUUUUGAUUGCACAGAAGGAAGAGAAAGUCAAAGAUGAAUACAACAGACUUUUAUUGGAAUCUUAUGCAAAAAUUUGCCGCGGAUUCAAAGAAUUUUACGAUGUAACAAAACCGAUUUCGGAAGAAACAAUUGAAUACAUUAUAAAAAGUGUCAAUGAAAAAAUAUCUCAAUUGAAUGAGAUGAAACAAAAAACAUUGAAUGCUGAAGUUGAAUUAGAAAAAAUUAAGAAAUGCUUACCAUAUCCAACUACAAAUAUUUCAGUAGAAAUUACCAAAAUGGCCGACCAAAUAAAAGAUUUACAAGAGAAAUAUAAAGUUGUUUUGAGCGAGAAAGAGAAAAUUGGAUAUGAUAUAAAGAUGUUACCCAAGUACAAAGAAGCAUAUUCUAAUCUGAGAGAUUGGGAAAUUUGGGGAAAGAGAGUGAUUUCCUCAAUUCCUUAUAAUAAAUUCGAAUCUGGUUCUAAUUCUGUUGAAAUUAGAAACCAAAUUGAAAAAUAUGUUAAUUCUAGAGCUCAUGAAAAGGUUUCUGGUCCUCCAGAAGCCCCAGCUCAACCUUUGUUUGCAAGAUAUUUAUUAACUUAA